AUGUUUCCCAGCGUAAAGGACCGAGCGCGACAGCUGUUUGGGGAGGCGGCUUUUCCAGCAGAUGCGCCUACACCUCCACCAGUUGCGACGGGAAGGAGAGGCGCCCCGCCAAAGGCUGCAGCAGCACCGAAGCCAAGUCCAGAGCCAAAGACACCUGCAAAGCUAUCGAGGACAAGAAAUGCGCCACCUCCAGUUGAAGAAACGCCAAAGCCUAUAGGCGCAUGGCCAAGUCCUCUCGAGCAGUUUAGGGCGAGGAGAGCGCAGCCAGAGAAGACAAGUCCACCACCAUCGCCGUCCAACCCCACAUCCAAAUCCGUUGCGCCACCCAAAACCGCAUCGUCCGCACCUCCGAAGGCUGAAAAGGCUUCCAAGACCGAUAAGCCGUCCAGAACAGAGAAGGCUGAAAAGUCAUCCUUAUCGAAAAAGACAAGCUCGCAGACAAAGUUGAUGCCACCUACGAAAGCAGCAGCACCACCAAAGAAGGUGCCAGAACCCAAGGCCGUGCCACUCAAGAAGAAGCCCGAGCCGAAACCUGCCCUCAAAUCUGCCCCCGAGCCCAAGAAGCAGUCACGCCCCAAGCCCGAAACUCGCACCUCGUCACGCCCUAAGCUGGAGCGUAGCUCCUCCAGCUCCUCGCUCGAAGACGACGAGUAUGGCCAACUGCGCACCGCUUGUCUCCGUGAAGUCUCAAAGGUCACAGGCCUCAAGGGCAAGAACUUAGCGAUAUCGCUGCGACAACGAUCUUCAGGUGAAUGGUAUGCGGCACUGAAAGACGUGAGUGCGGACAAAUACCUGAAGAUGUGGAUGAACCGCGAUAAGACAUUUGAGACGCAGGAAGAAGCCCUCGAGGCCUACUUGAUUUUUGCGAAGAAGAUGAACACAGACACAAAGCUGUUUGGGCCCAUGAGCCCCAAACUAGGGAAGAGCAAGGGAGGCUUCUUCUGA